CCGGCCCCCGAGGCCGCCAAGGAGCCGCCGAGGAGCCACGAGCCGCCGGGCCUGUGUGUAUCUGACUCUGGGAGCAUGAAGAACAGGUGUCUCUAGGGCAGGAAAGAUGGCAGAUAAGCGAAAACUCCAAGGUGAGAUUGAUCGCUGCCUCAAGAAGGUGUCCGAAGGAGUUGAGCAGUUUGAGGACAUUUGGCAGAAGCUUCACAAUGCAGCAAAUGCCAACCAGAAGGAGAAGUAUGAGGCUGACCUGAAGAAGGAGAUUAAGAAGCUACAGCGCCUGAGGGACCAGAUCAAGACAUGGGUAGCUUCCAACGAAAUCAAGGACAAACGGCAGCUCAUCGACAACCGCAAGCUCAUCGAGACGCAAAUGGAGCGAUUCAAGGUUGUGGAACGGGAAACGAAGACCAAAGCUUACAGCAAAGAGGGGCUCGGCCUGGCUCAGAAGGUGGACCCGGCCCAGAAGGAGAAGGAGGAGGUUGGCCAGUGGCUCACUAACACCAUCGACACCCUCAACAUGCAGGUGGACCAGUUUGAGAGCGAAGUGGAGUCGCUGUCUGUGCAGACCCGGAAGAAGAAGGGGGAUAAGGAUAAGCAGGAUCGGAUCGAGGGCCUGAAGCGCCACAUCGAGAAGCACCGCUACCACGUGCGCAUGCUGGAGACCAUCCUGCGCAUGCUGGACAACGACUCCAUCCUCGUGGACUCGAUUCGGAAGAUCAAGGAUGACGUGGAGUAUUACGUGGACUCCUCGCAGGACCCCGACUUCGAGGAGAACGAGUUCCUCUAUGACGACCUUGAUCUCGAGGACAUUCCGCAGGCGCUGGUCGCCACCUCACCCCCGACCCACAGCCACAUGGAGGAUGAGAUCUUUAAUCAGUCCAGCAGCACACCCACCUCCACCACCUCCAGCUCCCCUAUCCCGCCCAGCCCAGCCAACUGCACCACGGAAAACUCUGAAGACGACAAAAAGAGAGGACGGUCGACAGACAGUGAAGUGAGCCAGUCUCCAGCCAAGAAUGGCUCUAAGCCUGUCCACAGCAACCACCAUCCACAGUCCCCUGCUGUGCCGUCCAGCUACCCGGCUGGCCCUGCCCCCGCGCCCCCUGCACUGGGCAAUGGACCCGGCAGCAACGGGGCCCCUGUGGCACCUCCCAAAGCCAACCCUGCCCCAGGCCACAAUGCCAGCACCCCCACCCCGUAUGCCCAGGCUGUAGCCCCUCCUGCCCCGAGCACCGGCUCUGCCCAGCCCAGGCCACCCAGCGUCCAACCUGGCGGGAGCGGCAGCAAGCAGAACGGGGCCACCAGCUACAGCUCCGUGGUGGCUGAUAAUUCGUCAGAGCUGAGCCUCAGCAGCAGCGGCAGCAGCAGCAGCAGCAGCCAAGCUCUGGGACCUCCCCCUGGCCCCCACAACCCACCGCCCACCACCACGAAGGAGGCAGCCGGGGCGGCCCCAGCGGGGGCAGGGGGCGUGGGUGGGGGCUCAGGGAGCGGUGCUGGAGGACCCAGCCUCCUGGUGCCCCUGCCUGUGAACCCUCCCAGCUCCCCGACGCCCAGCUUCAGUGAGCCCAAGGCAGCUGGGGCCCUGCUCAACGGCCCCCCCCAGUUCAGCACAGCCCCGGAGAUCAAGGCUCCUGAGCCCCUCAGUUCCCUGAAGUCCAUGGCAGAGCGGGCAGCCAUCAGCUCCGGCAUCGAGGAUCCUGUCCCUGCCCUGCACCUGGCCGAGCGUGACAUGCUCCUGGGCAGCAGUUCAGCCCCUCCGGCCUCAGCCCAGCCACCCCUGCAGCUGUCUGAGGUCAACAUCCCCCUGUCACUGGGCGUCUGCCCCCUGGGGCCUGUGGCCCUCACCAAGGAGCAGCUCUACCAGCAGGCCAUGGAGGAGGCAGCUUGGCACCACAUGCCCCACCCUUCUGACUCAGAACGCAUCAGGCAGUACCUGCCCCGGAACCCGUGCCCAACCCCACUGUACCACCAUCAAAUGCCGCCUCCUCACUCAGACACAGUGGAGUUCUACCAGCGCCUCUCAACAGAGACCCUGUUCUUCAUCUUCUACUAUCUGGAGGGCACCAAGGCUCAGUACCUGGCUGCCAAGGCCCUCAAGAAGCAGUCAUGGCGAUUUCACACCAAAUACAUGAUGUGGUUUCAGCGGCAUGAGGAGCCCAAGACCAUCACAGACGAGUUUGAGCAGGGCACCUACAUCUACUUUGACUAUGAGAAGUGGGGCCAGCGGAAGAAGGAGGGGUUCACCUUCGAGUACCGCUACCUGGAGGACCGGGACCUGCAGUGA